AUGACUACGUCCCGUUAUUCUACCCUGUUCCGCAAGUACGACGAUAAAACUGACCUCCCAUCAGUAGACAGACGUAAACAACAGCAACUUAUCAAGGUAGAACAGAAUCCCAAGGAUUUAUUCUUCCUGAACGUCACAAUGACGAUCUUCUACCGUCUGGCUCGCCUCGAUGUUGUCAACCACGUGUGGAGUCAUUCUCACCUCCACCUUGCUGCCUUCUACGGAUGGGUUGACAUCAUUCAAGACCUGCUCAACUUGGGCAGCAACCCUGAUGUCCAAGACUCCAAGGGAUUAACCGCUUUGCAUGCUGCCUGCGCCUCUGGGGAGGAAGGCACAGCGGAAGUAGUUGAGGUUCUGCUAAAAAAUGGUGCUGAUCCUAACCUCAAGGCCGAUGCUACGGAAUUCGCUCCAAUACACCACCUCAUCGAGGCAAGUUGCAAUGCAGCUGAACCAUGGGAUUGUAAUGGAAAAUGGGAGGCACUGCUGAAGGGAGGAGCCGACAUCAAUUCACGGGACAAACAUGGCCGGGCACCUAUUCAUCUCGCAUCUUGUAUUCCCUGGUGUAAUAACGUCUUUGCUCUUCUUCACAAAAGAGGUGCAAGACUUGACCUUAUCGACCAUAUGCGGAGAUCUAUUUUGCAUUACGUAGCUAUGUACGGAGACCUGGAUCACAUCUCAUACCUACGCAAGCAUGGCCUUACAGAGCCGGACCCAGAUGGCAAAGACAUUAACAACCAAACUCCGCUGGGUUGGCUAGGAUGGAGGAUAAAUUCCAAUCAGGAAAAGCUCUUGGAAAACAUGAAACGACCCACUGAAGAAGUCAUCAAGGCCUUUAAUUCUUUGAUCAACGAGAUUAGGAUCCACCGCUGGCAGGACGGGCACGGCACAAGCUAUCAGGACGAUAGCAGUUGCUGGCGUCAAGUGAAGACUACAAAACAUUUGACCCCGGGGGAAAACCGCAUCAAUCUCCCCAUCAGGCCGAAGCCUACCCUUACCUCGCCGCCAUCUAUUGAACAGAAGAUGCAUGUUAAAGAGCGGAGGGCAUAUUAUGCUUGA